UUAUGCCAUUAUCUGCAGAACGGAUACCUAUAUGACCAUAUGCAAUUUAUUUUCUCUGCAGAGAUUACAAAACUGCACUGAACCUCAAAUAUUGGCAUGAUUCUCAUCUCCGCCUCGUCCCCCUUUUCCAAUGUCUAACAAAAAUGAAAAAUCACAAAAAAUGGUUUGUCUUUUUUAAAUUCUGCCUCGUGCGUUCAAACUAAUUGCGUGUAAUGAAGCAAUUUGCCAGCGGCUGACUGGAUUCAGUGGUUGAGGUUUGGUCUCUAUGACAACCAGCUGUCUGUAAUUAGUAAAUCAAGAUUUUGGGCCGUCAGAGUGGCUCCAGAACAAGUCAAGAGUGGCUAAGUGUCAACCGCCCUUGUGCUGCCUUGAAGUCCAUGUCGACGUGGCUGCCGCGAUGGGUGUCGCCCUGGUGUUUCUUCUCAGCGCUGUUGUGCUUCCCUCUGUGUCAGCUGGAGGUGUUUAUUGUGCUAAAACAGCCAGAGCCCGUGCAGCUGCCCUGGGUUUGUAUUACCCCGGCGUCUACGCACCAGCUCCGCCUGGGACGCGUCCCAGCAGCAGGCUGCUUGGACCUCAACCCUACCAGGACGGUCGUCCUUUGUGGAAAGAAACUGGACCCGACGCGGCUUCUCACGCAAACCGGCAACCCGACGUAAGAUUCCCAGAUGGCCGACCGCGUGAACCAACGCACCCCUGGAGUUGGCGCGGCGCUUCCCGUCCGGCUCAGCGUGACCACGCCGCCGGCCGAGCGCUCCCCAGAGGGCGCUCCGUCAUCUACCGCCAGCCCUAUUCUGAGGAGGUCAAGCGCGUUGUCCCUCCGACGGCGGCUGGAGCCCCGGGCCGGCCUGACCUUGUGGAUUGGCGUCCCCAAGGUCGCAGCCGGCCGCCCUCGCCUGUCUACGAUGGGCGCGACCACGCGGUUGACGAGUCUGUCCCAAAUGGACGUGACGUGUCUGUGAGGGGGCUCCCGCUGCCCCGAAGCGGGGGUCGUGGCGCUUACCCAAGCUCUAUUCCUGGACGCGGCCUGGCGAGAGAUGCCCCUGUCCUCCGCUCAUCCGGCUCCGCCGCCAGGGCGCCGUCCGGCCCAGAUCCCGGACCAGCCGGGAUUGGCCUGUCUGGCAGUCUUGCGCGUCCCCUGCGCAGACGCCUCCACGUCGAACAGCCUUUUGCAAGGUGACCCUGUUCAAGGACGUCGGGCGGAACGCAGCAUCGGGUCCAGUUGGAAUGAGUCGGGGAGCGUGACGCUUUGCCGUCGUCUUCCUGUGAGGAUCUGUUGAAGAUGGCAGGCGAGCAUUUUUUGACUGAUGAGAAAUGUGUUUGUCAGGUGUUCUCUAACUGUUUUUUUGUUUAUUGAACAAUGCUCAUCGUGUGUGUGUGUGUCUAUAUGCUUGUGCAUUGUCCCUUACUUGAAUGUAACACUAAAACUAGAUGCUUUCUUGAAUACACGUUGUAUUUUGCCUCUUUCUGCUCCCCCAUCAGAGAUGUGUUACCACAGUGCCAUCUGUUGGUUCUGAGGUGAAGUUCUUCCUUCGGCUCACAUUGUUUGAGCACAGAAGCUCGACAAACGCCCUCAUCUCUUUACGCUCUUCAUUUUGCCCAAUGUCCAAAUAAAGUCUUUCAGUCAUCA